ACGAUAUUGUCAUCAGGUCGCGAGGCAAUUUCGACAUUCAACCACGCGACUAGCACACGAAACUAUUUCAAACAUGGCAUCAACCAUAAGCUUGGUUCCAAUCCAAGCUUUGACUUCAAUAAAUAAUAAUGGAGUUCAAAUGACAGGACCGUUUAUUUUGGUCAGAACAACAACAACAGUAGCUCAACAAGUACAAGCCCAAAGACGGCUGAAGAAACAGGAACCACUUUCACCAAAAGAACCAGAAAUGUUGCGAUGCAAACGCAGAACAGACGGCAAAGGACUACACCAUUUGCUUCCUAAACCACAACCCGCAACUGUGGCUAGACGUAACGAAAGGGAAAGAAACAGAGUGAAAAUGGUUAAUUCAGGAUUCGAAACUUUGAGGGAUCAUGUCCCGGAUGGAAAGAAGAACAAGAAACUGAGCAAAGUGGACACACUGAAGUCAGCUGUUGAAUACAUCAAACAAUUAAGGCAAUUAUUAAUGUACACUGAUGGUGAAAGUAUGGAUUCCGAAAAUGAAAAUGAUUCAAGGAACAAAUUACAACAAAACGUAGACAGUGAAAUACAUCAGAGCUUACAGUUCUCACAAAAUCAAAAUAACAUUAACAACGACAACAGGACAGUAUGUCAGAACAGUGAACAAUGUCUCAGUGACAAGGAAAAUUAUCAAAGUGGAAAUCUGUAUCAUAGCAAUAAUAACGUGAUGUCUUAUCAGAACAUUGAUGAAGAAAUUGAUGAGAUACAGGAUUCCCGAGUGAUAUACCAACCUUUACAAACAUUCAAUUAUAAUCCGGACAAUACUAUUUCAUUUGACAACACAAAAAAUGGUUACACCGGGGAUAAAACAAUGUCGUUUGAUACUGGAUCUACAACUUCCGGUUACAGUUCGGACAAUUAUCAGUACCAGUAUAGCCCGACAAUGCAGCAUUCACCAGCGACCAGUUACAUCUCUAUGCAACAUAGUCCGUCCACUUCAGAAAAUCUAUCAGAGUCAUUCAGCUCGGAGGAGGACGAAUUACCUGAUCUCAGGUCAUUUUUUCCCUUAUAAAUUUUACAGAAUAUUAUUUGUUGAGAAUGAUGACACCAGCUGAAGGACUUCCAGGCAUUAAUUAUUGGUUUAAGUGGUGGCAUCAACGAUAAUGGACAUUUAUCUGAGUUUUCCGAAUGGAAUUUGAUCCGAAUUGUUCCAAAAGGACUUUCCGUAUUUGUUAUUGAUCUCGAGGCAGCUAUGACACUUUCAAUGGCCGACCAAAUGUGUUCAUAUUUUAUUGAUUGUUUGACAUUAAUCUCACUGUUGUAAGUGAAAUGGCUGUAUUUUUUUAAAAUUCAAAGUUACAAAUGUGCGCUGUUUUUUUGGCAUAAUUGUAUUUGUUAUUAACCAGUACUAUGUGUUCAUAUUAUAGUAUACACGUGUUAUUAAUGUUAUGUUUACUAUAUAUAUUCUGCAUGUGUUCAAUAAUCGACAUAAAUUAAUUGUGGCAUUGACUAUGUGUUCAAGAAGACAUACCUGUUUAAAACAGAUUGUUUUUUAUUAUUAUAAAAGUGCUUCCUUGUUAUAUGUUUUUUACAAUUUUUACAAAUAUUUGAAAUUUUAAGUUAAAUUUUUAAAAUACACAUUCCCGUGUUUUGAAAUAUCUAUGCAAUUAUUUUUGA